AAGAUAUUGGAUAUUGGAAGGUUUCAGCUCCUGUUGAAUCAUCCCGAAACUCAAACAAAAUGACACAUCAUUAUCUCCUAGAGUAACAUGGGCUUGUCUGUUCCCCCACCCUUUAAACACUUGAAUGGAAAAUCCACGAUAAUACAUUCGAACUCGUGUUUGGAAUAAUCUGCUAAGCAUAACGUCCUUUCUGUUCCUUUGACCUUGGGCGUAAAAUGAUUGAUGUUACUCAUGUAAUAUUUGAUGUCGAUGGUCUCAUUUUGGAUACUGAGUCUAUAUACACUGAGUUCACAUCAAAUUUUCUUAGUGGAUAUAAUUUAAAGUUCGAUUACAACAUCAAAAAGUUAAUGAUGGGAAGGAAACCUCAUGAAGCCGGUGAAAUACUUGUAAAACACUAUAAUUUACCACUAAGUGUAGAUGAGUUUAUUCAAAAGCAGUCAGAAUACAUUACUCCAGAGAGGUGGGAGAGUGUUAAAUGUUUGCCAGGUGCUGAGAGACUUAUUUUCCAUCUUGCCUCUCAUAAUAUUCCUAUGGCCCUGGCUACUGGUUGUUGUAGUUAUCAGCUUGACCAGAAAAUGAGAAAUCAUCAGAGUUUAAUGGCCAAAAUCUCUCAUUCCGUUUGCUCUGGUGAUGAUCCCUCCAUUAAGCACGGUAAACCUGAGCCAGAUAUAUUUUUAGCCGCUGCUGAUAGAUUUAGAAUUCCUCCAGCUUCCUCAGAUAAUGUUUUAGUGUUUGAAGAUUCUCCAAAUGGUGUUGAAGCCGCCCUUUCAGCUGGGAUGCAUGUUGUAUGGAUUCCUGAUCCACGAGAACCACCUGGAAAUUUUCUAAAUUCAACUUCACCAAUUGACAUAUCCCGUGUCACUAGAUUAAAGUGUCUAGCUGAUUUUAAACCUGAACAAUUUGGACUUCCAGGGUUUGAAAGUGAUCCUUGAUCAUAUGUGUUUACCUACUUGCUUGUCUUUAUAGUAAAGUAUUUUG